AUGGCCAGAGGCGAACGAGUUUUCACCGGACGGGCAGUCACAAAAGAUGUCGUCGAACUGGGAAUCCUCGAAGCGUUGGCUGUAGCACCUGAGCUCAUCGAAGCAUUGAGACGGGUGCUGGGUGAGGAGGUUUUCUGUUGGGCGGAUAACAAGGGCAGACUCCGACUGAUGCUCAGCGGUGAAAAGAGCAUGCAGGUCGCAGAUGGUCCCCAGUUCUCUUUUACAACGCCGCCCCAUCAAGACUACUAUUUUUUUCGUCCAGUGGAAUUCUGCACCGUCUGGAUCCCGCUAAUGGAUAUUGAUGCCUCCAUUGGUGGGCUAGCGAUUGAGCGUGAUUCACACAAAGAGGGUUUACAUGAGGUUUGGUGGAAGGGCAAAGAUUAUCUUGGGGUGGCUGAAAAUCCAGAGCAAGCCAGAGCUUGGCGGGAGGAAGGAGGUGUCGUUGUUGCCGGUACGACGAAGCCCAAGGAUACAGAUCGCGUCUGGCUUCGAUCCGAUUACCAACUCGGAGAUGUCCUUAUUUUCCAGCCAUUGAUGAUGCAUACCGGAGUGGCAAAUGCUUCUGACAAAGUGAGGAUUUCUAGCGAUUUCAGGUAUCAGCGCAAAGGCACCCAAACCAAUUGGGAAUCCCAUACCCCCAUGGUUGAGUCCUCGAAAUACUUCGGCGAAAUUUUUAAAUCCUUAGAUGAACUAGGCGUAAAAACAGGGGUAUAUGAAAAAGUGUGGGAAACCAUGCGUCUAGAAGGUCCGAGCGGGAGAGUGGAUUACGAUGUAUCUGAGCGAGUGAGAGAACUGGUUGAGCAGAUACCUGCAUCAGAUUAA